CUCCUCCCCCCCGCUUCCGUCGUCCCCUCCUCCAAGCACACCAUGCUCCGCAGAACAACAUCAUCCUCGCUGAAUCGGAUGACAACGACCUCGAGGACCUCGGCGAAGAAGAUGUUGAACAGCAGUUGGGAUAGCACACAUCCUUGUCGCACGCCCUGUGUCACGAAGAACCAGUCUGAUAGUUCUCCGUCGUCCAUGCGCACCCGGGCCCGCAUUCCAUCGUGGAAUUGGCGGAUGACUUCGAUCAGCUUCGCGGGAAUCCCGGCCCUGGCCAGCACCUUCCAUAGCAUCUCUCGGUCCACCGGAUCAUACGCCUUCUUCAAGUCGACGAAGCACAUGUAGAGCGGUAUUUCUUUCUCCGCCCCAGCUCCUGGAGGCGGCGCACGACGAACAGCGUGUCGACGGUGGAUCGCCCGGGUCGAAAUCCGCACUGUUCCUCCGGGAGGAUGUGGUUGGCUUCGCGGAAGGCGCUUCGACGGUUGGUGAUGAUGUUGAUGGGGACCUCGCCUACGUGAGAUAGUAGCGAAAUCCCCUGUCAACACUUGGUACUGGUCGUCGGUGCACGCGAUUUGACCGGCACUAUGCCGGGCACCGGCACUAUUCAGAAUUGUGCCUGAAUAGUGCCAAACCGGCGCUAUUCAGGGCCUAAAAAUCCCUCUUCAGGACUGUUCGAUUUCAGAGUGCAGCGCUUGCGCUUUGCGGGGCUGACAGGGUACCAAACGAACGGUAUUUGGAUCAAUCGUGAGGUGGGCGACGUGGGCGGGCUUCAUUGAGUUUCGUGAGGCUCUUGGACUGUCGAAAACACGGCAUUAGUCACAUUCAAAUUAACUUGAUUGACCAGAUGGAUUUGUUGCACGGCAGCUGUUCUCUUCCGACCUCAGCGCAAGU